AUGUCGCUGGCCCUAGAAGUCACCCGCCAUCUCGGUAUUGGUCUCGGCAAGGCCACGGUCGGCCGCUUCGCCGACGGUGAAGUCAACGUUGUCAUUCACGAGAACGUGCGCGGCAAAGAUGUUUAUAUUGUGCAACCAACGGGACCUCCGGUGAACGACAACGUCAUGGAAUUGUUGCUGAUGGUGUCGACACUCCGACGCGCCAGUGCCCGGCGGAUUACUGUAGUGAUUCCCUACUACGGUUAUGCACGACAGGAUCGCAAAAUGCAGGCGCGUGUUCCCAUUUCCGCCGCCGACGUGGCUCGUUUGAUGGAGUCCAUGGGUGUCGAUAGAGUCAUUGCGGUCGAUCUGCAUUGCGGACAGAUCCAGGGAUUCUUCGGACCCCGUGUUCCUGUCGAUAAUCUCGAUGGCGGCAUUGUGGGUCUCGAUUAUUUCGGUUGCAAGGACCUCCACAGUCCGGUAGUCGUCAGUCCGGACGCUGGCGGUGUCUACCGCGCCAAAAAGUUUAAAGAAGGCCUCGAGCAAAAGUACGACAUGCAGGACCUAGGUCUCGCUAUGAUUGUGAAACAACGUGCUCGCGCGGGAUCCGUCGACCAGAUGGAUCUGGUCGGAGACGUCAAGGACUGCGAUUGUAUUAUUGUCGAUGACAUGAUCGACACUGCUGGAACUCUCUGCAAGGCUGCGGACGUUCUCGUCGCGAACGGCGCCCGACGUGUCUUUGCCUUUGCCAGCCACGGUCUACUUAGUGGUCCUGGCAACGACCGUAUUGCGAAUUCCAAGUUGGAGGAGGUCGUCAUACUGAAUACCAUCCCCACUUCGCCUCAGAGAGAAGCCAACGACAAGUUGACUCAGCUCAGUGUAGCACCUCUCCUGGCGCAGGCUAUCUUCAAUAUUCAUGCCAAGAAGAGCAUUUCUGCGCUUUUUAAGUAG